GGUAAAGGCAGAGAGAUUUUCAGCUUUCACAUACACAAUAGCCAUGGCUACAAUCAUAACAUUCGGUGGAACGCUCACCUUCUCAUCUCCUUCUUCUGCAACUUCUUGUUUUAGUAAGAGCAGAGUAAAAUCGUCUAACUGCUUUUUCAUCAAACCAUCUAAUGUUUCUGCUCCAAACAUACCAUCACUCAGUCUCUCCAGGAGAAGAAUUAGUCAUCGUGAGGGAGUAGCCUUAUCAUCUAACACAAGGAGGUUUCCUAAACUUAUUUCCUCUUGUAUGGGAACUGAUAUGUCAGAUUCUCCUAAGGAAGCAACAAUCGAUUUAAAACUUCCUAGGAGGAGCUUAAGUGUGCAGUUUACUUGCAACCAGUGCGGUGAAAGUACAAAAAGGCUUGUAAAUCGAGUAGCCUUUGAGCGAGGAACUAUUUUUGUUCAGUGUGCAGGGUGUUUAAAGCAUCACAAGUUGGUUGACAAUCUAGGGCUGAUAGUUGAGUACGACUUCCGAGAGGAGGAGAACAUGGACUUGGGUUCUAAUCAAGAUUGAUUUUAAAUUUCAAUUUAGAGUUUCUCGCUCUCAAGGUUUCUUCCAAAGUUUCAUCAUCAUAGAUUAAUCAAGAUUGAUUUUCAAUUUCAAUUUAGAGUUUCUCGCUCUCAAGGUUUCUUCCAAAGUUUCACUUCUCUAUGAUGAUGUUAUAUCGUACUGUGGAUUUUUUGUUCUAUAUUUUGGAUUUGAUUUCCACAUCUCUGUAAUAUCCUCGUAUUUUUGAACUCGACUUGGGAAGCUUCGAGAUUGUUCAACUACAUCAAGCGCGCUUUAGCGGUAGAUAGCCAUUAUUCCUCCAAUUUAGUUGGUUUC